UUUCCAUCUUCACUGUGCUUGAACAUGAAAUUUCUUCCCUUUUUCUUUAUUUGUUGUUGAGUUCUUCUUCUUCUUACCCAUUUCUCAUCUGACAUAUCUAAUCUAAACUCCUAUCUUUCCGCUUCCGAUUUCCAUCUUCCAACCACCAAAGGAAGCUGCUUUCUUCUCUUCUUGUAGCUGCUGAAGCUUUGAAGUAGACCCAAGUCCUCAAUUGCUUCUUUGCCUCCAAAAGGAGUUUCAUUUCAGCUCACUAAGCGGGUUUCUUAGGUGCCCGCCAAAAAAAAUGGCAAAGCGUGGAUACAAAAUACAGGAAUUUGUGGCUCAUGCGGGCAGUGUAAAUUGUUUAAAUAUUGGAAAGAAGAAUUGCCGUCUUUUCAUUACUGGAGGAGAUGAUUACAAGGUCAAUUUGUGGACCAUUGGCAAACCAACUUCUUUAAUGAGCCUGUCUGGCCAUACUAGUCCAGUUGAAUCUGUGUCUUUUGACUCAGCAGAAGUGUUAGUUCUUGGUGGAGCAUCAUCAGGUGUAAUAAAGCUUUGGGAUUUGGAAGAAUCAAAGAUGGUUCGCAGUGUUGCUGGACACAGAUCCAAUUGCACUGCUGUUGAGUUUCAUCCGUUUGGUGAGUUUUUUGCAUCUGGUUCCAUGGACACUAAUCUGAGGAUUUGGGACAUCAGAAAAAAGGGGUGUAUUCAUUCAUUCAAGGGUCAUACCCAGGGCAUUAGUACUAUCAAAUUCACUCCAGAUGGCCGGUGGGUAGUUUCUGGUGGACUUGACAGUGUUGUGAAGGUGUGGGAUCUAACAGCUGGAAAACUCUUGAAUGACUUCAAGUUGCAUGAAGGACCAAUUAGGUCCAUAGAUUUCCAUCCUCUUGAGUUCCUUCUAGCUACGGGUUCAGCUGAUAGAACAGUGAAAUUCUGGGAUUUAGAAACCUUUGAACUGAUUGGUUCUGCCAGGCGCGAGGCUACAGGGGUGCGCUCAAUAGCAUUUCAUCCUGAUGGAAGAACCCUAUUUACUGGACAUGAGGAUGGUUUGAAGGUGUAUUCAUGGGAGCCUGUUAUCUGUCAUGAUUCUGUUGAUAUGGGAUGGACAACACUUGGUGACCUCUGUAUUAAUGAUGGGAAACUUUUGGGGUGCUCAUACUACCGAAACUCUGUUGGAGUCUGGGUAGCAGAUAUAUCGCUUAUUGAACCAUACGGUGAUGGUUCCGGCUUGGAUGCCAAGACAAGUGAAGGCAUGGAGCACAAACUUAAUCUUAGGGAAAGUAAACAAGAGCAAAUAGAGGUUGAUGUGGGGCCAACUACCAGAUUCCGCAGUGUGUCUCCUGAUGAGUCAAAAGAGAUAAAGAAUAUAUAUAUCGACUCUUCUGGAGGGAAACCGAUUACAUUACAGAGAUCUGGAUCUGUUAAUUCCCAAAGAAUAGAUAUUCCAGAGGAACCCAAGGAAAUUUGUAACUUUGGAACACAGAAGCCAAGUUCUGCAGCAGGAGUUAAUGUAAAACCAAAUGAACAAUUGCUCAGAAAAUCUUUUGUUGUGCCAAAUGUUGUACCUUGCGAUGUUCCCGAUGUUAAGGACUCAGCAAAAUCUGGGGAAGAGACCAUCACCUUUACAAAGACAAAGCCUGGGAUGUUACUUAAACCAGCUCAUACACGGAGAGCAUCCACAGGCAGAUUUGAUAUUGAUAAGUUUUCUGAUACUACAAGUAAAUUAGACAGUGCAAAAGAUACCAAGUUCCAGAGGAAUUUAGGAUCUCAGAAUGAAAUCAAAGAAUCUUGCCAAGAUAAACAUCCUAUAAAGAAUGUUACAGAAAAGUUUGACAAGACUAUAUCUCCACAAAUAUUUUCUGAUCAGCCAAAACGUGAUGAAUCUACUCCUCGUAAUGAAGAGAGUAGUCCGGUUAAAUAUAUCAAUGGAGUUGCUGUUGUACAUGGGAGGACCCGUUCUCUGGUUGAGAGGUUUGAAAGAAGGGAAAGAAUUCAAACCAAUGAAAACCAAACCGACAUGCCCCUUCCCACUAUAAAUGAAGGGAGGGAAAAAAGUCACAAUGAAGAUCAUGUUCAUGCAUCCCCAGCUGUAGUAUUUGACAGGAGGCAAAGGAUUCCACUCAAUGAAGAUGAGAACAAUAUGAGCUCUAUUUCGAUCACAACCUCUGAAACUGAUAAGUCUCCCAACAAACUGAAAGUUGAGCCUCAGUUAUGCAGAGGGGAUUCAAAAUCUACAAAUGAAGGGGAAAUCAUCGAAGGUCUGAUGGAAAAUCAUGAUGUAACUUUGAGUAAUCUUCGUUCACGCUUGACAAAAUUACAGGUGGUGCGGCAUUUUUGGGAGCGCAACGAUGUUAAAGGGGCCAUUAAUGCUUUGAAGAAGUUGCCUGAUCAAUCUGUUCAAGCAGAUGUUAUCAGUGUUCUUGUGGAGAAGAUGGAUGUACUCACCAUAGAUUUAUUUGCUUGCUUGCUUCCUGUGCUCUUAGGCUUGUUGGAUGGUAAAACAGAAAGGCAUGUAAAGUUGUCGCUGGAUAUGCUAUUGAAACUUGUAGCGGUUUUUGGUCCAACAAUUCGUGCAACUGUUUCAGCACCUCCCUCUGUUGGGGUUGAUUUACAUCGAGAGCAAAGGCUAGAAUGCUGCAACCAGUGCUUCAAGGAAUUGCAGAAGAUACAAAUGAUUAUUCCAAUAUUGAUACGGAGGGGUGGCGCAUUGGCCAAGUCUGCCUUGGAACUGAACCUAGUUCUUCAACAAUCCUGACUAAAGAUGUUGAAUGAGGUUCAACCAAUUGAAGAAGGAGUAGCAUUGGCUCAAUAAAACUCUUAAGCAGGAGUGCGCGUCACGUUGAGAUAUUCGUCACGUUGAGAUAUUGAGAUGGUAUCCUACAAUUUUGUGUCGGUGACUUGCCCAUUUGCUGUCAUCGCCGGCUUUUUGUUAAUUUCCGAGCUUCAGUUUAAAGAAUUGAGAGACUUGAGGAAGAAGGCACUUGUGGAUAUUGGUCUGCAACAGUUCAAUCAACUGGUGUUGGCUAUUCCUUGUAUGUACAUUUUGUUUUCUCAAUUUGUUCAUUUGUGAUAGUGAUACUACAAAGUACCAACCCCUGUAUAAAGUAUCAACAAACUUAUACUAAUGUGCAUAUUCCUAUGUCUCUGUGUAUCUCAUAUUCAAUGUUGAAUGAAAUGAAUCUUCAAUUGUUUUUAUUCAAUACAUGA